AUGUUCUUCUGCUUAGAUAUGGAUUUGACAGUGACACUGGAUGGAGAUCCUUUGGCCAAACAGUCCGUGAUGCUCGACUCAGUGGUGUCGGGUGAGGAGAGGUCGAUUGCACAGGUGCCGAAACGCAAGAUGACAUAUCGUGGACGUCGAGGCACAAGAAGCAGUGGCGGUGGUAAUGAAUCUGUGAUGCGCGUAGACUUUGGCGGUGUGGCACAACAGAAGAGUUGCACACCAGUAGAUGCAGAGGCACCGACGAAGAAGCCGUGCCGCGAGUCUGAAGGUGACAAGGGCGAGCCAGGAGAAGGUAUUGGCGUUGAAGAGGAAGGCGGUGGCGUAGGAGGAGGAGGUGCGGAAAAGGUUGGUUCACCAUCGUCGGAUGUUCCAGCUGGUGAAGGUGGAGCGAAAGUUGCUUCAUUGAAUGGCAGUCGGUCGGAAGCUGUCGAUAUGGAUUUGACAGUGACACUGGAUGGAGAUCCUUUGGCCAAACGUGAGUUGGAUUGGGUAUUUGUCUUUUUGCAAUGA